GACUCGCUCGAGUAACUGCAAAAAUCCCCGCUUGGGCCCCCCUACCAUUAAGUUCAAGUUACUCCGACAGAUCAUCAGCAGCCUACUGUGUUUAAGUUCGCGGUUUUAACCAUUUUUUAUUUUCGUUUAUAUUCGCGUAGCAAAGUGUUGUUUUGUUAGAGGUUGACAGUUUAAUCAGAUAUUCAAGGAAUACAAUUUUAUUCAAAUGUGUAGCUGCAGAUAGUUUAGUAAUGAUUAGUAUAAAAAACUUUUGUAGGUGUGAAGUUUAUUAAACAAAAAUAAUAUUAACAACAGAUCAUUAAAAUGAAGUACAAAUAUAGGCUUUCUUUUCUACUAAUUUGGCUGCCAAUGAUCCUGAGCAGAGUACCUCCCAAUCCCUGCCCUGAUAUCUUUCACUACUACAAAGAUGAUGAAGGAAUAAUAUAUGGAGUGGUGAAUCUACCAUACGAUGACGCCACGUCAUUAAUCUUUAGUGUAAAUGCAUCUUUCGUGGGAAAUCCUAAACAAACGAAACUGAGACUAGAAAGACUAACUAAAGUACACGAACUUAAUGAUGGCACGACGGAAGUUACAUACAACAUAUACUUUCCAUCUAACGAAGUUAUACCUAAAAUAACUGGAAUCACAUAUAACAAUAUAAUGUACUGUAGCAGUUAUGAACCACUAGGCGCAACAAGAAUAGUUAACGUUAGGUACCAACACGACUCCAAUUUUACUAGACAAGAAAAAGGAUUCUACAAACCUGAAACUGAACAAGAUAUUUCAGAAGACAAUAUUCCUGUUAAAAACCCAAUUGAAAAACCAACGACAACUCCACGAGUAGCAAAACCGACUCCAGACAGAGUCACACCAGUACCUCCUCAGAUGCUACCACCACAGCACAAACUAAAUGAAUCACCUACUGUACUUGAUCCACCCAACUCAUUCCUGAAACCUUCUCAGGACAUACUACCUCCCGUUCCUAACCCUACUGAGACUGAUACGGAUCUAAUUGAUGAGAAAUUUAUCGACAACCUCUUUACUACACCAUUUACGACUCCAUCAUCCAAUAGCGACUUCAAAUGCGGUAAGGAACAACAGAAAAACGAGGUACUACCGUUUAUAUUAGGUGGUACUAACACUAGGAUUGGACAUUCACAUUACCCUUGGCUAGUCGCUUUGUUCUCGAAGAUGGUACACAAAUGCGACUAUAAAUGCUCUGCAACAUUGAUUUCAGAUAAACAUGUUCUCACCGGCCGUCCAGUACAGUUUUCCAAUGUCCUCAGUCCAGUAUGUCUAUGGAAAGGCAACACAGAUCUCUCUCCUCUGGUCAAUAAAUUGGGGAUUAUAACAGGCUUGGAACAAGAUAAUGAUACUCCUGAAAUAGGUUUGACACAUAGAUUAAGAGAAAAACGAGUGGAAAUGACCAUUAUCUCUCAAAGCGAAUGCCUGGGAACCCCCCUGGGGUUCCAGGACGUUACGUCUGAUAAAACGUUCUGCUCAAAACGCCGCGAAACAGUUACUGGCCCUUGCAUAGGAGACGUUGGUGCAGGAUUUUACAUAUUCAUGGACGGAGCAUACUAUUUAAGAGGUAUAGCAUCGAAUGUUUUCGAUAAAUAUGGAACAUGUGCUUUGAUAAACAGAUACGCCGUGUUUAGUGACGUUGCCAAAUUCCUAGAUUGGAUAAAAUCCCACAUGACGUAAAUGAGUGUAGUCUAAGUUUUUGUAAGAAAUAAAGCUAUAAUAGAA